AAUGGUGUUGUGGUCGUACCCACCGACGCGGAAGCAAGUGGUGGCGAGCGCCGCCGUGUUUGUGACGGGAGCGUCGCUGGUGGCGGCCGGAGCAUACCUAUCAAUGGCGAAUAUAGGCCCACAGCAGGCUCGUGCUAAAGCUCGAAGUGAAGAAAUCAAGAAGCUUCUCAGGAAGUUUCUCGAUGAUUGAUUGCAGCAACUUGUUAGAAAAUUAGGGUUUCAUGCGUGUAAUUGAAAGUUGUUUAAUUUGUGAUAAAUAUUUAUCGCUAAACUGUAAUAUUAUGAAUGAAUAUAGUUUUUGGUUACGAAUUCGGAUCGUGUUGUGCCUUUUGUAGUUCAUAAAUUAUGUGUAGAAAGCUUCAGUUUUAAGGUCCUAUAGUGAAUGAAGGCUUCAUCCCCUUCCC